GGCGGUAGGUAAGUCGUUAUCCAUUCAGUCGCAGUCGCAGUCUCAGAGUCAGAGAGUCAAAAACAGAAUCAUGUCAUCAUUCCAAAUAUGGGCCAUACUGCUGCCAAUGGUGGUGACACUAAUUCUGGCCAAGGCGCUUCCCAUUGAACCGGAGUCGGAAUCGAGUACGCCACUUGAGAUGGAGCGGCAACGCAUUGACUGUAAAUUGACUUUCGAUGCAAUGACAAUGGACUCGUUAGUUCAACCGAACAGUGAAUGCACUGGUCUAUCCACUGAGGCACCCCAGCCGGAGCAUGAGGAGAAGGGUAAAGUAGAAUCUGUGACUAAUAAGCCGGAGUCCGAGAACGACAAGAACGAGCCAGAGAUACAAACAGAGCGAGAGCAACGUAGCUUGAUGUCCUCCAUGGACAGUCAGCCCAUCUAUGAAUUGCAAUUGGUUGUUUGGCCCACUGAUGACAUUGAGGAUGGUGAUGACUUUAAUCCCCCAUUGACCACUACUACCACCAGAAGGACACCCAUCACCACCACCACCAGAAACCCUAGAAGGCCAACCAUCAGGACCUCCACAAUGAAGACACCUUCAACAUCGUUCACAUCUACUGUGCCACCUUCUCCUCGUCCUCCAGCAAUGGACUUUGAAGAGGAAAAUCUUGAUAAUUUCUACGAUGAGUUGCCGCCAACAGCAACCAUCUCACCUCCUCCCCCACCACCGCCAGCAGCAGCUGACACAUCACAUCCCUGGCCCACAGAAUCGAACAUUUAUGUUGUCGAAGAUUAUCAUGUCGUCCAUCCCAAUGGCACUACAGUAUACAAAAUUGUUCUGAGCAAUGGUUUUGUCAACUAUAAGAAGAUUUAUACCAAAAUCGGUAAAGAUGAUGAAGUUAUCAAUGUUCAGAAAGGUUACUAUACCAUACCCAUACCAGGACUUAAGAAUCAAUUCCGUACCCAUUACUAUAUAGCCGAUGAAAGGGGCUAUAAUGUCUAUAAGAUUGUGCAGAGUUAUCAUCAGCCCGAAAGGGACAACAAUUUGCAUUACAAAGCCAAAAACUAACUAAACUAUAGAAACAUAUGCACAGUGGUCCAAGAGCCAAUGAAA